GACAGCUGAUCGCUUAGUUCUUAUUAUAUGGUUGUGACUCAAAACAACGUGUUUGUUGCCGAUUUAUUUAUUUUCUGAGAAAAUAUGAGCAUAUAUCACGACGAGGUUGAAAUAGAAGAUUUUGAAUAUGACGAAGAGGAGGAAAUGUACUAUUACCCUUGUCCGUGUGGGGACCGCUUCCAGAUAUCAAAGGAAGAGCUAAUCGAAGGCGAAGAAGUAGCCACUUGCCCCAGUUGUUCACUGAUAAUAAAAGUUAUAUACGACAAGGACAUGUUUAAAGCCGAAGAUGAGGAAGAGUUGAAUGAAAAAUUGAACCAGUUAAAAUUGGAAACAAACUAAUCUGAGCACUUCUCACAAGAAAUGCAAUUUGGAAAUAUGACUGCAGUUUGACGUUAAGUUAUUUGAAGCAAUCAUGAAGAGUACCUUCAGUUGUUAUCUGUAUUCAAAAAGGAGCAUUCCUUGACAAAGAGCCUACUGAGGGAGGCUAUUUCUGUAAUUGGAAAACAGAAGAGAUGUUAGAUCCUUGUUUUUUAAAAACAAUAUUUUUAGUAAAUAUCAAGAUAUGAAAUAAUUGUA